GUAUCUCAAGGUCAAAUAUGAUGGCCCAAUUCAUGAAACUAUGUUAUCCUGGGAGACCAGUAGCUCCUCUUUUUGUGGUGGUAUUUUUAGCAGCCAUGACAGUUUUGUAUCAGUUUUGGGAAUUUCCUUCUGGGAGAAACAAUUUAUCAGAAUUGUGGCCCAAAAGUAUAUGUUCUGGAAAUUCGAUGAUGAAUAGUACUUUCAACACAGGGAACAGAGUUGAUAUCAGUACCAGUAAACCGAUAGAAGAGGGUGAGCCUUAUCACAAAAGAAGUGGAAGGGAUGUUUUCAGUAAGAAUGUUUCAGUCACAACAAAUGAUAUAAGCAUGGAGAACGGGGCAAAUCAAUCAUAUAUCCUGCAGAAUAAAACUACUCAGAACAACAAGAAGAAGCAUACUGCUGACUUAAAUGUGGAGUAUAGCAGUGUAUCUGUUUUUACAAAUAAUUUAACUGGAGCUAGUUCACCUCCCAUGGAUAGAUCAAAUACUUUUGUAUCCGUAAGCAAUUCAAAGGUGAACAGUUCAAACUGGCCAGUGGAGUUGCAGGGUAGUUUGAAUGAAUCGUUCAACAUUGAGAAGUAUUUAAGAAGGAUGAGGAGGGUUAGCUUGAUUACCUUCUCUCAGAUGAAAUCCAUGCUGCUUACCAGUCCCAAGUAUAUCAAUUCUGUGAGGCAGGAAUGGUCAGCAAUACGUGAUAACGAGCUUCAAUCUGCUAGUAUACAGAUUAGGGACGCCCCCAUUUUUAGAAGUGUUGCAGACUUGCACACUCCUCUUUUCCGGAAUGUCUCUAUAUUCAAAAGGAGCUAUGACUUGAUGGAACAGAUAUUCAAAAUUUAUGUAUACAAAGAAGGGCAGAAGCCCAUAUUUCACCAACCAGAGCUGACUGGAAUAUAUGCAGGAGAAGGGUGGUUUAUGGAACUGAUAGAGAAAAGUUCACACUUCACUGUAGAGGACCCUAAGAAAGCUCAUCUAUAUUAUUUACCCUUCGGUUCCACAACUUUACGCUGGACCUUAAAUGCUGAGAAGUCUCAUAAUCCCAAGAAGUUGGAGGAUCAUCUUAAAGAUUAUGUGGAUUUGAUCAAGAAUAAAUACAGCUAUUGGAAUGCUAACGGGGGAGCAGAUCACUUUUUUGUUGCUUGUCAUGAUUGGGCUUUACGUAUAACGAGGAAGCAUAUGAGCAGCUGCAUAAGAGCUUUGUGCAAUGCCAAUGCAGCAAGAGGAUUUAGUAUAGGCAAGGAUGUUAGUGUACCGGUAACAUUUAUUCACAAUGAAGAUGACCCUUCAAGGGAUAUGGGAGGAAAACCACCUUCAGACAGAGAUAUAUUAGCCUUCUUUGCUGGUAAAAUGCAUGGAUAUCUCCGACCAUUAUUGCUAAAGUAUUGGGAGGAUAAGGUAUCAGACAUGAAGAUAUUCGGUCCUUUGCCCUUUGAUAUAGAAGGAGAAACAAUGUACAGAGAGUACAUGAAAAGCAGCAAGUAUUGCAUUUGUGCCAGGGGAUACCAAGUUCACUCCCCUAGGGUGGUGGAGUCCAUUUUGUACGGGUGUAUUCCGGUGAUAAUUGCUGACAAUUAUGUGCCCCCUUUCUUCGAGGUGCUAGAUUGGGAAACAUUUGCUGUUUUCGUGCAGGAAAAAGACAUCCGAAACCUGAGGAGCAUUUUACUAUCUAUCUCAGAAGACAGGUAUCUAGAUAUGCACCACAGUUUGACAAUGGUGCAAAGGCAUUUCAAAUGGCACAAAACUCCACAGAAGAAUGACUUAUUUCACAUGAUCCUUCAUUCACUUUGGUCUAGCCGAGUUUCUCGGAUGAGGCCCUUGUAGCAAGUCUUUGUUGCACCCAUACUUUCGACUCUCAUCUAGCAACUCCACAAACAACAAGAGCCAGUGAUAACAAUCUAGCAGACCACUUCAUCAACUGUAAGUUUGUCAUUCUGAACUUGCCGUAAAUUGCAAUUUAUUGUGAAUUGUCAAAUUUAGCCUGUCUGCUGGUAUAAUUCAGUAACCAUAUGUCUGCUGGUAUAAUUCAGUAACCAUAUGAACUAAAGUUUAUUUUCAUUGGAAAUUAGGCUUCAAACUUCAUUAUC